AUGGCUACCGUACUACCACCACCAUCUAAAAAGCAAAAAAAAGAAGCUCAAAAACCUAAGGAAAUUGACUUAAUCCCAAAAGAUUUGCCAAAUGUUUUGAUAAAAUUUCAAGCAUUCGAUACUGGUGAAAGUGUUGGUGGAUCGUUAAGAGUCCCAGGAGAUAUCACCGAGAAACAACUGGAGGAAUUGUUAAAUAAUUUGCAAGGUACCAAUGAUGAUUCUGUUCCAUACACUUUCAGUUGUAAUAUCGAGCCAGAAAAUAAAUUAAUUGAUAUAAAUGAUAACUUGUAUACAUCUAUUUUAAAGCCUGGUUAUAAAACUACCGAAGAUUUUAUAACGUUAGUUUACACGCCAAGGGCUGUUUUCAAGGUUAAGCCCAUAACUAGAAGCUCUGCAGCCAUUGUGGGCCAUGGUUCUACAAUUUUAUGUUCCGCGUUUGCUCCUAAUACGAGUUCUAGAAUGUGUACCGGUGCAGGGGAUAACACUGCCAGGAUAUGGGAUUGCGAAACACAAACUCCUAUGGUCACUCUAUCGGGACAUCGUAAUUGGGUCUUAUGUUGUUCAUAUUCCCCAGAUGGUAAAAUUAUUGCUACUGGGUCAAUGGAUAACACUAUAAGGUUAUGGGAGGCGAAUACUGGGAAACCGCUUGGUGAUGCCUUAAGAGGACACGGUAAAUGGAUUACAGCGUUGAGCUGGGAACCUUUACAUUUAGUUAAGGAAGCUGAAUUACCUCGUCUAGUUAGUUCUAGUAAAGAUGGCACUUUAAAAGUUUGGGAUUGUACCUCUAGAACAUGUCUAUAUACUCUAAGUGGACACACGAAUUCUGUGUCUUGUGUUAGAUGGAGCGGUAGUAAUGUUAUUUAUAGUGGCAGUCACGAUAAAACGAUAAGGGCUUGGGAUAUGGGUCAAACAGGGAAAUGUAUAAAUAUACUAAAAUCACAUGCACAUUGGAUAAACCAUAUAUCAUUAAGCACUGACUAUGCUUUAAGAGUUGGUGGAUUUGACUACAAAUCCGAAAAAUCAAUUAGUGAAACAGAGCUAAGAAAAAGAGCUUUAAUUAAUUUUGAAAAAAUUGCAAAGAAAAAUGGUAAAUUAGAAGAAUAUAUGGUUACUUGCAGUGAUGAUUUUACUAUGUAUUUGUGGAACCCGUUGAAACAAAACAAACCGAUAACAAGAAUGACGGGACAUCAAAAAUUAGUCAAUCAUGUGCAAUUUUCCCCAGAUGGUAGGUAUGUUGUAAGUGCGUCUUUUGAUAAUUCUAUUAAAUUAUGGGAUGGUAGAGAUGGUAAGUUUAUUUCCACUUUCAGGGGCCACGUUGCACCAGUUUAUCAAGUUUCUUGGUCUUCUGACUGUAGACUACUAGUUUCAUGUUCUAAGGAUACUACGUUAAAGGUUUGGGAUGUUAAGACAAAAAAAUUGUCUGUUGAUUUACCUGGACAUAAAGAUGAGGUUUUUACGGUUGAUUGGAGUGUAGAUGGUAAACGUGUUUGUAGUGGAGGAAAGGAUAAAACAGUUAGGAUAUGGACACAUUGA